CCUUUUCAGACACACAAAUCGAAAUCGUGCCAAAUAAGAAGCACUGGCCUACUCAAUCUAUACAUUACUGAGGGAGUAGUCCGAGGUGCGCUUUUGAAUCGCUUACAAUUUAGAAGUUAAAUACUGGAACUGUUAUCAUGAUUUACAAUGAGCAUAUUUGAGUUCGAAACAAACACAGUUCAUCGGGUGUCGAGAAACAGCGUGCGACGGGAGACAGCCUUAAAGACAUUCCAAUUAGCUUCGACGUUUGAAGUGGAAAGUUUAUCACUAUGGUUUUUCAUCGGCCGCUGAGUUCUGUGUUGGAUGGUGUAACUUCCAAACUAGAUGUUAUUGGCUACAAACGUUUUUUGGUUGUGACUUGGUUUCCUAUUCAUAUCCAUUAUUAGUAGCCUUUUCUGUUAUAACUUUGGUAAAGAAAAUGAGACUUCUGGACAUCUUUCAAGGUAUUUUAUAAUGAGCUGGGGAAUUUAACGUGUAGUAGUAUGAAUAGUGUAUAGUAGUAUGAAUGUAGUUAUAAAUAUGAUUAAAUGUUUUAUGAUAAUUUCGGACAGCGUGCGUGGUUGCCUGUCGUAGCGUAGCACAUUUAUAUUUUAUUUAUAUUUGUAUUAAUAUAUCGGGGGGGACAUUUUGACCAGAUUUGAAUAUUGGGGGGAUAAAUAUUAUGAUUAGGUACGGCCCUGCUAGGAUGCCAGAUGCUGAUAAUUUUCGGGCGUCUGCUACUGUCCUAUUUUAAAAUCCACUUGCCCGACCAAAUGUAAUAUACGAUUUUACUUUACAAUAAUGUGAGUUUUUUCUAUAAGAUAUCCGACUCUUGCGGUUGUGGUAGGAUUAUUUUUAAGAAGUCAAUGGGAGGAGUCCGGCUCUCAUGCAUGGACUUUCACCUGCCAGAAGCUCAUACAGGCAUUCUACUACCGACUUAUAAGUGUUUUAUAAAUGACGGACGUACUGUAGCUACAACAUCUCUAUUGAGAGUAAAUGGUUUCUUGAAUGAGACAGGAUUUUUCUAAAGGUGUUUCAAUCAUGUGUUUUGGGGAGAACGCAAAAAAAGAUUGUGCUUCACUGUUAAAUCAUAUUUCUUUGUAGUCAUGUGUGACUUAUGGUGAUAUCCAUUAUUACCGGAAAUUGCUGUUUCUGUCUUCCACACAUGGGUUGGCUCCAUAACUUUCUCCUCCACUUAGCCCUCAGCCUCAUCAGCAGCUCCAUAGCAGCAGGUGAGGGCUGUAAGGAAUAUGGCCUGCACUUUAAGCGGUCGUUCUCAGUCGUAGGGGAGGCUGCCAUGUUGAACUGCACCCUGGUAGCCCCUGAGGUGUUUGACUUUUGGAAUGUCUCCUACAACAUCCACUGGUACAGCGAGGACACACUGGAGCUGGGACAGGAUACAGAACGAACUCUUGUGAGGGGCACCGCUCUGUGGUUCCUCAAUGCUUCGCUGCAGGACACGGGCACAUACUUGUGUGUUGUGAGAACUCCAACCCAGUGUUUCUCUCAGACCACCUCACUGAUCAUAAACCAAACCAACUCACACUGUGACCGUCCAGAUAAAUACAUCCAGUACCUGACGAACCUGGUCAAUGACAAACUGGUCUGUCCCUUGAAGAACAUGAAAAGGGAAUUAGGAAAUUCUUACUCCUUUAAGUGGUACAAGGACUGUCAGCCGAUUGAAACAGACGACAAGUUCAUGUAUCGUGAUGGCAACCAGAGUCUGACUGUAAAGCGUGUCGAGCCCAAGGACAGAGGCUUGUACACCUGCACUGUGACCUUUGACCUGGGGGGAAUCCGUACAAGCAUGUCAGCCACCAUCAACUGUGGAGUGAAAGAGGAAUAUGUUCUUCAACCCAGACUAGUGGUGCCUAUUAAUGAGUCGGUCAAGGCAGAGUUAGGGUCAAACUUCAGCAAGGAGUGUCGUGUGUUUGUUCCAUGUGUGGGAGAACAUUGGGUGGGUGUGUAUUGGCUGGCCAGCGGUGCUGAUGACUACAUCCCCAGUGACUCCACACAGAGAGUCUUUCACCAAAUACAACCGGACCAGAGACAGGUUGACGGGGAAAAGGGUGUGUGGCUGAAUCACCUGCUGACGUUCUCUGAAGUGAAGCAGGAAGACUUCUAUGUCAACUACUCAUGUCAUGUUUACAGUUCCCAUAAUUUUGUGGAGGCACAGUUCACACUCCUGCCGGCAGAUCCCAACCUGAUGCUUCCUGUCGGCCUGCUGUUAGGCUGCUUGGCUCUAAACUUCACUGCCGCUGUGGUCUUCUACUACCUGUUCAAGAUCAACAUCAUGCUCUGCUUCCGAGGAGUCUGCCCCUUCCUCUACACAGAAACAGACGCUGAUGGGAAGCUGUACGACGCCUAUGUGGCGUAUCCUCGGCUGUUUGGAGACAGAGCCAACAAGGAGUUGGAGGGGUUUGCCCUCCACACGAUGCCCCAGGUGCUGGAGGGAAAGUGUGGCUACAAACUCUUCAUACCGGGGCGAGACAACCUACCGGGGGAGGCUGUGGUAGACGUGAUGGAGGAGAGGAUACGGGCCAGCCGACGUCUCCUGCUUCUCUAUUCCGCCUCCUCAUUCAGCAGCAGUGAUGUCAGCGUUGUCUCUGAGGCGUGGCAGCAUUGGUACGAGCGAGAGACGGCCAUGCACCACGCCCUGCUGGAGGGCAGUCUGCGUGUGGUGCUGCUGGAGCUGGAGGAGCUCCACCCUGCCCAACUGGCCGUCCUCCCACCCUCGCUACGCCAGCUACGGAAGAAGCAGGGCGUCGUGCGUGUCCGUAAGAACCACACGGCCCGCAAAACCACCAGGAGGCCAGGGGGGUGGAGUCUGGCAAGUGGGGAGGAGGAGAGGCAGGAGGGGGUGCAAGGCCUGGCGACACCCCCUCUGUGCCCGUCGUCACGGUUUUGGAAGGAGCUGAGGUAUCACAUGCCAGUCAGGGGCAAGAGGACGCCAUGUUCUGAGAGGGAAACACUGGGGAACGUGUAAAUCCCCCCGUGCCAGAACACUGGAGCAGGAAAGAUGGAUGACUGAAAUGAGGUAUAGAUAAAUGAAUGGACGGAUACAUAGAGUAAUGAAGGGAUGGACUGACAAAUUGACAGACGGAGGGAUGGAUGAAUUGAGAUUCUGACAGCAAUUCUUCCUGAAGAUCCCUGGACUACUAAUCACUAAAUCACUGUGAAUGUGUGUUCAUAACACUCUGCAUUGGACAGUCACAGAACCUCAGACUUUCCACGGGGGUCCUGGGGCAUGCAUCUGCUGGAGAAAAUAAAUUGUACAUUGUUGAAUUACUAUUAAGUUAAAUUUAUCAAUCUGGUGUACUUGUUUGUCAUUGAAGAACUUUGUUCUAUUGUAAAAAAUGUUGUGCCCCAGCAAAAUAAAUUAUCAAACACUUCA